GUUGAGGACAAAAUAAACUGAACUGUCUGUGCUGCAUAUUUUCAGAAGGGCAAAGCAGCUUUAAAGGAAGGAUCUGGCACGUGUCUGGGGGUUAAAAUGUAAAGUCCAGGUAUUAUCUCUGUGUGGAAUCAAGAGGGAGGUCCGCAGGUGAAGUUAAUAACUUCAUAUGUGGCAGGACGGUGCUUUUGCUCAUUGUAUGCUGAAGAAGAGCUCUUGUUCUGUCUUCUGGUGUCAAAAGUAAAGACUGGAUUCAUGGCUACCUGCCACUGGAUUCUCCUUGUGUGUCUCACACUGAAUUUCUGUCAGAGGGCUGUGGCUCUGGAGCGAAGUGUCUGCAGCAGUUCUCCCGAAGACAGAUGUGAUUUUGUUUGUGACUGCCAAGACUGUAGUGAUGAAAAAGACUGUGGUUAUCAGGGACGGGACUUUGUGUGUGAUUUUGAGCAUGAAGAGAAGUGUGGAUGGACUGUCCAAUCAGGUGAAGGUGGGUACGUGUGGCAGAGACAGCAGAGAGGGAACACGCUCCCUGACAGCGGGCCGUCCUCUGACUACACCACUGGCACUUCCACAGGCUGGUUCAUGGCAGUGAUGGCUGUGACUUCUGAUACUCCCAGAACCACUGUGCUUGUGUCCCCUACAAUAAAACAUUCCUCUCCUACCUGUCGCCUUCGGCUCAGAUAUUUCAUCUGGGACUCAGGUCACACGGGGUUGGGUGACACCCCACUGUGGGGAUCGGUGUGGCAAAUUGAUGGCGAGAAAGCAGUGGUAUGGAGGCCAGAGAGCACCAGCAUCCGCAGCUGGAGGGAGGCCACCAUAUACCUGGGCCGUAUCUCCGGCCCUUUCCAUAUCCAGCUUCAUUCCAAACGCAGGGAAGGGAUGCAGGGAGAUGUGUCCAUCGAUCAGAUGGAAUUCCUAGAUUGUGCCCUGCCAGUUCCCUCUGAAAGUGGAGAAUGCGGUCCUGGAUUUGUGAGAUGUAAGCGGCAUGGAUGUGUGGAGGACUAUAAAGCGUGUGACGGCACGGAUGACUGUGGUGAUGGAACAGAUGAAGAGAACUGUGUAUAUACAGAGGACUUGAGCUGUGACUUUGAAGAUGGCCCUUGUGGAUGGGACCUACGAAUGAUAUCAACCUUGAAAUGGACAAGGACCAAUCAGAUAAAUAUAUCACUUUCUGAGCCUCUAAAAGGACCUGGAAGAGACCACACAACUAAUACGGUGGCAGGACAUUUCUUGUAUGUGACAAAACCUGAUGUCAUGAAGAAUGAUUGGACGUGUUUUCAAAGCCCUCCCCUGGCACCAACCAAUGACACACAUCCUUGUCGGAUGGUAAUGUACACACAUCAGUUCGGCCGAGUGUCAGGUGGACUGUCUGUGUUGGUGGCUGAGAAGCAGAUCUAUCCUGUAUGGGAACGUGGAGGUGCUCUCGGAGACUUGUGGGUAAAGGCUGAGGUGGAGUUUGUCAUCAACAGCACGUUCCAGAUUCUGUUUGUCGCUGCCAUUCGAGACUAUGCUUACGGAGGGAUCGCUAUCGAUGAUAUUGUGUUGUCCCCUGAGUGCCGCUUAUCCAAUGAAUCAAUACCACUUCCAGAAUUUCCAAAGCCUCCCGUUCACCCUUGCACAAACGACGAUCGGAAAAUCUGUGACUUUAAGAAGGACUGUCCUGCUGGAGAAGAUGAGGCUCAGUGUGGGGACUUCUCGUAUGAGAUGGGAAGCUCUGGCUGGACUGAUAUCAGUAUAGGGAGCCAAGCUUGGGAGCUAAAACUGGAGUAUAAUGACACCAUGAAAGAGGAGUUCCUGACUGUGACUGGCGCUCCUGGGCAGCAGCUAAGUGAAGCCCAAACUCGUACUCCUCUCUUGGGUCCGUCAGGUCCAGCAUGCAUCCUUCAGUUCUCCUACAGUCUCAGCGGCAGUAACCCACACAUAGGUAAUCUGGCAGUGUAUGUUGUAGACAGUGUGUUGGGGACUCAUCCUGUGCUGUGGGAGUUUUCUGGAAGGACCAAUGAGACGGCAGGGACUUGGAUAAAGGAGGAAGUCUAUGUUGGAGCCAGAGAUCAUCGCUUUCAGUUAGAGUUUAGGGCCCAUGCUGAAUUGCUCUCCCCAAGUACUCAGAUUGCGGUGAAGGAUGUGCACUUUGUUUACUGUUCUGCUCUGUUUGUGCCCUCUGGUGAAAUAUCAUGUAAUUUUGAGGUAAAUUUGUGCGGAUGGUACCAGGACCAAACAGAUAAUUAUGACUGGAGGCUUCAUAGUGGAAUGGACCACACUGUCCAUGAUGGUAGGAGUCUGGUGGUGGAUAUGUGGGACACUUCAUUGCGAGGUCUUUCUGGACGUCUCCUCUCAGUCAGACAGAAUAGUUGCUCAGAGCACUGUCUGUCCUUCUUCUACAAACUCUAUGGGCCAAACACAGGCGCUCUCACUGUAAAACUGCUAUUUGCUGACGGCUCAGAAGAGCUUUUGUGGAUGCGCAGCGGUGCCCAUGGUAACGUUUGGCAUGAGGGCCAUUGCUCUGUGCCUCCUCAGCUCACCGCUUUCCAGCUGGUGUUUGAGGCCACUCGCUCUGGUUUUGAUGGUCAGCUGGCUUUAGAUGAUGUGGCGUUUGUGGCAGGACCAUGUUCUUUGCCUACUAUGUGCUCGUUUGAGAGUCAGACUUGUGGCUACACCAGUUCUGGAAGAGCCAGGUGGAUACACCAAAGCUGGGCUUCAACAGAAACUGGACCCAAGACGGACCACAGCCUGGAGACAGAAAAUGGUUUCUACAUGCUGGCCCACAGCAGUUCUGACGUCCUUCCCAAGGGCAGUGUGACCACCUUGACUUCCCCUAUGCGUAGAGGUUUGUCUCACACCGAAUGUGUACACUUCUGGUACCAUACAGAAGGAGAAAAACCAGGUACGCUGAAUGUCUAUGUAAAGCCAACUGAUGGAAAAAGGAUACAGUUAUUCUCCAGUAGCAUCAGACAGGGACAUGCUUGGCGUCAUGGCCAAGGCAAUGUCAGCUGGCAUGGGGAUUGGCAACUGGAGUUUGAGGUGAAAGGUGAAGGAGACCUAUUCAGUUUUAUUGCCAUUGAUGACAUAACCCACUCGACUCACAGCUGCCCCACAACAGAUAGCGUCUGUGAUUUCGAGAAAGGUCUGUGUGGUUGGUCCAACACUCAGAACCCAUCUGUAGACUUGUUAGACUGGGACCUGACCAGUGUGCAAGCUGAGAUGUUCUACAGCACACCACCAUAUGACCACACACUAUACACAGAAGAAGGACACUUCUUGGUCCUUCCUAACUCCCAGCGUGACACCGCUAACCAGAAUGCCUGGUUGCUGAGCCCUCACCUGGCACCAACCAAAGGAACCUGUCUGAGCUUUUGGGUUUAUCAGCCAACCAUGUAUGACACUAAACUCACAGUGUGGAGGCUGUCUGAAGGGACCAGACAUGAAUUGCUGACGCUGGAUGAGGGAGGUGGAAACUGGAAACCCUUCAGAGUCAAUAUCACCUCAGAAACCGAGUACCAGAUUGUAUUAGAGGGAUUUAAAGGAGCGAAGGGUGUUCUUGCCUUGGAUGACAUACGCUAUACAGACGGAGUGAACUGUGCUGAGCAGAGGACUGACCAAACCUCAUCUGACAACACAGGAACCAUUGUGGCCUCUGUUAUAGUCGUCAUUGUGCUCUUAGUGCUUCUCGCUGCCUUGCUGGUGUUCUACCUGAGGACUAAACAUAAAGCCAAUGCUUUAAUACAGGAAUCAAAAGAAUCUCAUAUAAACUGCAUUGGCUUUGGCAAUGACAUAUAUGAAUCUGGAAAUGCUGAACAUAUGGAGGGGGUGAAUGAAAAUACAGGACCGUAGGAGUUUGUUGUGGCAACUUUGCCAACAACUGGCAUCCUUUCAGUAAAACGGUCGACAUCACAGCAGGAGGACUGCUUGUGUCGCUGUGGCAGGACUAGCCCAGUCAUAACACAUGCCAAAACAUACCACACGAUAUAGAGUUAUCUUUACUAAGAGUGAAAAAUUGGGGUCAAGUAACUAAUUUUACUCAACUGGUGAUAUAGUCAUUGGCUGUUCUAUAUAUGCCAUCACACAAUAUAAAUGAAUGUCUUCAAACAAGUAGACCAAUCCAAUAUAAUGUAAUUCAAUAAAUGAUAUACAAUAAACAGAACAGCAGCAUGAAUAAAAAGCAAACAAUCAACAAGACCUGUGGUAUUAGAUGUCCAUGAUGUAUAUUGUAAGUGGUUUGGGUUCACCAUGGCCAUCACUGAGAAAGAUGUAACUAGUGGAUGGUCUUUCAACUUAAUGGAUUCUCUCUAUUACAGAAAAACAGAGGUUCCAAAAGAAUUCACUGAAUUUUCAAUGUUUUUGCUAUGGGAGAGGUGAAAAGUGAAGUAAAUGAACCAUUUGAGGUGUUAAGUAUUGUUCCAUAACAAACCUUGUAUUGUAUUCCCAUUCUGCAUAUGAAAAUGUAACAUU